AUGUCCAAUAACCAAGCAUUCUCAAAUAGCCAGGCAUCAUUGGAUCAGGGUUCACAGCUCGCAACACUCAUCGCGCAGGUCGGUUCGAACCGAAAGCCACUACCUCGCCACAAUAACGAGGUUGAGAAUUACCUUGAGAGUGGCACUACUUCAAUUGAUCCAUGUUCCUUCUGGAAAGGCCAUCAGCACGAAUUUCCGAUGCUCGCAAGCGUUGCACGAGAUGUUCUAUCUAUCCCUGCAACAGGUGCGGGCGUUGAGCGAUUGUUUAAUUCUGCUCGGGAUAUCUGUCACUAUCGUCGAGGAUCACUGAAGCCUACAACGAUACGGGAUCUGGUAAUGUAUAUGUGUGCAACUAAGUUUGACCUCGGGGAGGAAGAACUAGAAACCUUUAGGCAAUCCUUCUCGAGGGAAGAGAGAGAAACGGCGGAUGAAGAGAAGGAUGCCCAGCAUCCACAAGAAAGCCUUGAUCCUAUCAGCGAUGACGAGGAGGAUCCACGGAUUGAAUCUAGGGAAGUUGAAAUCAAUGCAUAUGUGGCUACUGGGCUUAAUUCUGGCCGGGAGCAGUUGGAUCUUUUACAGGGUUCUUCUAGCGAGGGAGAAGAGGUUUUAGGAAUUACCAGAGGAUCGGGUGAUGAUGAUGAUGGUGAGCAUCCUUUACCAAGGGAUCACUCCCUAAAGCGCUCAUCAGGGAGAGACGUCCAGGUGGGCGGACGGGGGCCCCUCGGCCCGCCCACUGGACACCAAAAGGUGUCCAAACCCGCCCAUGGACCGGUUUGGACAUGUCCAUCGAUGGGUCAAUUGGACUUUGGCGAGGUCUAA